AUGAUCAUCGCAUCGUUUCCGAAGCAAAGCAUCGUUGUCAUGCCCAAGGUAUUAGGUCGAUGCGGACUCCGAUGUACCCAGAGCCUGGUCCCACGUCUUUCCACACCGGACCUCAAAUUCAAUAUCAGACCAUCAAAAGGCCAGUACAUAUACCUCAGCCACCAUGCCGCUCGUUUUCAUUCAAGCAAAGCACCUCCCGACAACUACUGGACCGCCCGCACGCUCGCCGAGAUGCCCGCCAACUCCCUCUCCUAUCAUUGGGGAAAGCGCGACUUCAGAUUCAUCAUCCACAGCAUGAUCAAGCGCAGAUACCACCGCUGGGGCUACGUCGUCUACCGCGGCGCCUACGGCGACGACGAGCUCUGGAAUCGGUACCUGGCGCAACUGAAGCAGAACGUCCAGGAGGAGCUCGAGAGGUACGGCCGCGCGGAGCUGCUGGGGCCGUACCUCGACUGGACCGUCGUGGAAGACCGUCGCAACCUGGACGGCGCGUCCAAGGACCACGUCAGGAGACGCUUCAGGCGGUGGGUCAAGAAGCACGAGGCGGAGACGGCGACGCACCCGUUCACCGUCGAUCUGCCGCGGUUCAGGUACUGUCUGUACGUGGACCAGAAGUGUCUCGACACGCUCGAGCGGUUCCAGCAGUCGGAGUCGGAUCCCAUCUUGGGGCCGUACCUGAGGCCGUCGAUGGUCUUCAUCUUGAUUGAUCGGUUGUGGACGCCCAAGCGUAGACGGGGCGAUGAGGGCAUGGACGAGGGGGGAUACCCGCCGAUUGAGGGCUGUGAACGAGAAUAUGUUGGAUGGGCGUAUUUUACUGCGAUCGGUGUUGUAGGGAGUUACGAGGAGUUUAUCGAGGUCGAAAUGGGGAGCCGUCUCGACUAUUAUGUUAGGCCACCUGGGAUUGGUCCUUACUGUAGAGAGACUAUGCCUUUGUAG